AUGUCCGAUUUAGCCACUCAGAUAGUAUUCCACCCUAAUGUUAACCGAAGCUUGAAGCUCUGGUCCACCACUGUUGGCCGGGACAAGACAUACAGGACCAUCCAGUACUUCUCUCGCUUCCUUGCGUGGUACCUAUUGCAGCGGGAUAACAAGGACCUGGCGGCACGCCUCACUGCACUAAAGUCCGCCCUAGGUAGCGGCCGUAAAUUGAUGCGUCUAUUCAAGCCUAUAGAGCAUGCCCAAGCCGCAUUGAAAGCUGUCUCGUCGGUUCCAUACCCCAUUGAACAAUUCACGACGAUCGGCAGGCAACUUGGGUACUUCGGCUACUUAUCUCUUGACAUGGUUGUCUGGGCCAACUCCAUCAAAUUCCUCAGGCUAGAUCCGGAGACUGCCAAGAAAGUCAAUAAAACCUCCCAACGUUUCUGGCUCUCUGGCAUCCUAUUCAGCAUCCUGUGUGGUCUCGCUAAGACCGGCCGCUUAGCAAGCGAAAUUCAGUCUCUCGAUCAGUCGCCACAUUCGAGCGCGAAGGGAGCGGACGACGCGGAACGCAAGGUACAAAUCAGAGCCCUACAAGCCGCUCGCGCCUCCGCACGCUACCAGCUGGUUCAGGAUAGUUUGGACAUUUGGCUCCCUGUCACCAGCCUGGAACUCGCGAAGCUCAAUGAAGGGACUCUUGGCCUAAUUGGUACUAUCACUUCGCUCAUGGCUUUGCGUGUAAACUGGGCCAAAACUGCAUGA